UCGCUACUCCGUCGAUCAGAGUUGUUGGUAAGUCCGUCAGGGCAAGAUGACGCAGCCUCAGUGACCACUAUCUCCUGGAUUUAAGGCUCCUCGUGCACCGUGGUGUCCGUGUGAUCACUUGUACAUGUAGUGUCGCCUGUGGUGUUGCUCUCAUGCGGGAAGUGUGCGUGGAAGGUGUCGCCAUGAGCACAAGCGUGGCCUUGCCGCUGUUUUCGGCUUGCAGAAUGUCGGACUUACGUCGCGAACUGGUCCGCAGUUCGAUCCCCGCCCAGGAGCGCACAGCGCAGGUCCGCAAGAACCUCUUCGGACCCAUAGACCACGAUGAGAACCUCAAGUUCGUGCAGGAUGAGCUUAGCAAGAUCUCCCAGGCGGAUUGCAAGCGUUGGAACUUUGAUUUCAAGACGGAGAAGCCGCAGGAAGGUCGUUAUAACUGGCAGAAAGUGGGUGAAGGCGUACCCCAGGCCUACGAGAUGCCCAGAUUGCGAUAUCUUAGUACCCACGCAGCCACAGCGUCGGGAAAGAGCGUUACAGACACUGCGACCACCUCCAAGCAACAGCACACUACAGUGGUGACGCCCACGCCACUGAGGAAAGUACCUGAUGCGAGGGGCACUCACUGCCCUUCCCCAGUGGUUGACCAGCCAUCCACCACAACCUGUCCCACCACAACUACCACCGCCAAGAAUGCUUUAACCACUGCCUCUUCAGCGUCGACUCCAGUUUCGUCUUCAAAAUCCACUUUAAAACCCACUUCCUCCACCUCAAAAUCCACUUCCUCCUUAAAACCCACUCCCAAACCCACUUCCUCCACCUCAAAACCCACUUCCUCCACCUCAAAACCCACUUCCUCCACCUCAAAAUCCACUUCCUCCUCAAAACCCACUCCCAAACCCACUUCCUCCACCUCAAAACCCACUUCCUCCACUCCCAAACCCACUUCCUCCACCUCAAAACCCACUUCCUCCACUCCCAAACCCACUUCCUCCACCUCAAAACCCACUUCCUCCACCUCAAAACCCACUUCCACCUCAAAACCCACUCCCAAACCCACUUCCACCACCUCUAAACCCACAUCCACCACAAGUCCCACAAGCAGAGCCCACAGCUCCCGCCUGCCUACUCCACUACCUAGUACUAGCCUGGCUAGUACUAGCGAGGCUACAGUAGUGGUAGUUAAAGACAGUGGUGGUCGAGUGGGAGUACCAGCACUCAGUGGUGGUCGAGUGGGAGUACCAGCACUCAGUGGUGGUCGAGUGGGAGUACCAUCACUCAGAAGUACUCGAGCCAGGCCAGCACAGCCUCCAGUUACAGACUUCAUGAAGAUUCAGAAGUCGAAGCGAGUGGCGAGCGCCAAACUGGAGGAGGAGCAGCCACCAGCCUUGGUGAAGCGCCCCAAGACCACAUCCUCUUAACACACGCUCACGACAAGACGCCUGCCUCAUCGUGGUCAUCCAACACUCCUGUAGGUGCUACAAGAAUGGAAUUGAUCGAGGACUUCAUCGCUCCUGCAGGCAGUGGCAGGUCGCCGUCAAUACCCUCCUUGCUCCUGCAGGCACGACAGUUCUCCAUUGAUGACUUUCCACACGUUUGUGCAGACAGCACCACUAUGCAACGGGUGUGAGAAAUGUCAGUCGACAGGCUUACGCCCAAGUUGCAUUUAAAGUGUGAAGACUGGCUAAUGGCUUCCCUGUCCAGUGUGUGUGAUGGAGAAGUUGAUGGGGUGAGGCUUAGGCGUCUGUGAAGCAGCUUGACGAUGUGUACAAGUGUUAUGUCUAGCCCUCGUGCCUCGGCUCAUAUAUAUGGCGUUGACCAGAUCUCAUGCUUCUUUCUUCCCUGUGGCUGCUGCUGGAGAGGGACAGUAGCUCUGGCGACCAGUGGGAGACAACCGGUGAGGGUGUUUAGUGUGGUAAGAUGGCGUUUCUGGUGCUCAGGACACAUUACAGACUGGGAGAGAUGCUUGAGUGAAGCUAUUGGCUGUCUGCCUACAUACUAUGUCCCCACCCGCCUCAACUGACCCACCAUUCCAGCACUGCAGUCUGGGACCUCCACAAAACUCCAUGAUCUCACUGAAAAUUGUAUUUUUUUGUAAAUACUUACGUAUUUAUUUCAUACUCAGUUAUGUGUGUGUGCUUGUGUGUAUGGUGCCUAUGUGCGUGGCCUCACCCCGGCGGCUGGUCGUAAAUGACUCGUCCCAGCAGCCGCCCCAAGGCGGCCCCUCUUACAAACUUUACCAUGAUCCAAAGAUCGUUGUCGGAUAUGCCCGAAGAAGGUGCAACCCGAGCACGCAGACGUGUACCUUCAGACACUCUGACACAAGGGUCAGUUUGUGUUGUGGUUCACACAUGCGCCUUCCUGUCAGAGAUUACCAUUGUCAGAUCUCAAUUCUGAACAUCAGCUAUAAUAUUUUCUCAAAUGUGCUCCUGAGCAAAUUAAUUUGUAACUUUCACAGUACAAAAUUUUUUUAAUUAUUUAUGAUACAUAUUCCUUUAUUUAUUGUAAUAUAUGGGCGUGAUGUUGCACUUGUGUUGGGUCGUGUGUGCAGUCGAAGCUGCAGCAGAAGUAUGGACUAGAGCUAAGGUGUGCAGUUCGUUCACUGUGAUCACUGCUGCUGCUGCAGCGGCCCACACAUGUUAACAGUUUGCUCACGGCCCACCCGUCACGCCUCGUAGGCCUACAUUCUCCUCGAGCAAACUACGUCGUUGUGAUCGUAGUGACCGCCCUGUAUGUCCCUGGUACAAGUUAUAUAUCAAGGAAAGUUGACCCCAGAUGAAGUCACUAGAGACAAGGGUAGAGGACUAGUAACUACAGCAAUCAGAUAGUGCAAGAAUACCAGAUUUCUUUGUACUGUAAUGCUUAGGACAUGGUCUCCUUGGUCUCCUUGGUCUCCAGCUUGAUGUUAUGCCUUGGUAUUCCAAGUUCUCAUUAUCCACCAAGGGUAAUUUGUUCUCCACUGCUAUAUCACCUCUGUUUUUUUUUUCUCCUUGCUGCCAUUUCUGCUUUCAAGUAUUGUAGAUCCCACCAAAUAAGCAGUUUGUAUAUCCCAGCAGCACUACAUAUCCCCUAUCCACCCAUCCAUCCAUGCACCAGCAACAGUUGGUCCUAAUAGACUUCGUACUCUGUCCUGGUGCAGCAUUUAGUCGACAAUAGUUGGACUUACAGUUAGCUAUGGGGUCAUUUUCCUGGUGGAGAGGGUUUGUCCAGAAUUGGAUUUAUGUUUGUUUUUUAGGCUUGACAGUUACCUGCCUUUUGAUAUAACGAUACAAAGAUUACAAGUUGUCGAACAAAUGAUCUCAUUUUUUUAGAAGCAGCGCUACCUUUUAAUGCUGUGAUCGAUUGUUUUAAACUUCCCGGCUCUCCCCAUCUUUUUUAUCAUUGCAGGUAGGAAUAAUAAUGUCCCUUUUGACGAGACUAAGAGCCAGUGUUUAAUUCAACCAAUUACAAUUGUCAGUUAUACUUCAUACAUAGUUUUUUUCCUCAGUUUUAGACCUACUGAAGAGAAUUUAAAAGUUUUUUUUUUUUAAGUAUCUUCUUUGACAUAUUUAUUAACUUGCCUUGUGUAUAUUCUGAAUGUAAAGCGCUGUGUAGCUCUGCUUGAGAGUUCGAUACAAACCUUGACUCUCCUGUUGUCAUGUAACAGUAAAUUAAGUAGCGAUACUCAACUUAACCCCCGCUUAUGCUACUGACAGUUGUCGUACUCUGUGAAUGUUGUUCCCCACACACACGUGGGUAACACGCUUGGCUUCGUAAGUCUGUACUACACAUCACAGAAGCCUCCAGUUUCUGCCAUGUUGAGUGGGGUUUUCGACAUGUCUGUUCUGCCUUGUCAUUGUGGCAGUGAGCCCAUGGCCUUGUCAUUGUGGCAGAGCCCAUGGCCUUGUCAUUGUGGCAGUGAGCCCAUGGCCUUGUCAUUGUGGCAGUGAGCCCAUGGCCUUGUCAUUGUGGCAGUGAGCCCAUGGCCUUGUCAUUGUGGCAGUGAGCCCAUGGCCUUGUCAUUGUGGCAGUGAGCCCAUGGCCUUGUCAUUGUGACAGAGCCCAUGGCCUUGUCAUUGUGGCAGAGCCCAUGGCCUUGUCAUUGUGGCAGUGAGCCCAUGGCCUUGUCAUUGUGGCAGAGCUCAUGGCCUUGUCAUUGUGGCACAGCCCCAUGGCCUUGUCUUUGUGGCAGAGCCCAUGGCCUUGUCAUUGUGACAGAGCCCAUGGCCUUGUCAUUGUGGCAGAGCCCAUGGCCUUGUCAUUGUGACAGAGCCCAUGGCCUUGUCAUUGUGGCAGAGCCCAUGGCCUUGUCAUUGUGGCAGAGCCCAUGGCCUUGUCAAUCUGGCACAGCCCCAUGGCCUUGUCAUUGUGGCAGAGCCCAUGGCCUUGUCAUUGUGACAGAGCCCAUGGCCUUGUCAUUGUGGCAGAGCCCAUGGCCUUGUCAAUCUGGCACAGCCCCAUGGCCUUGUCUUUGUGGCAGAGCCACAUGGCAGUGAGCCCAUGGCCUUGUCAUUGUGGCAGUGAGCCCAUGGGAAAGUCUUACUACCUGUUUAAAAGGCUCUGAAUCUUGUUUAAACAACUUAAAUGUAUAGUGUAUUCCUUAAAGCAUAAAGCUUAUGCCACAGGAAUUAUACCUUGCUUAGUUCAGAAGCCUUGUGCCAUGACACACAAACAGGUUAAGAGCCCUACGCAUGUAGCCUAUUGCUGUCCAUACACCGCCUUGCUUCCACGCCGACAAUAGUUUUAACCAGGAUAUAACCAGUUUACCCAGUGCAGAAGUUCUCUCUUAUUCUCUUGUCACACCCAACCACUAGGCUCCCUCCAUACCCCUUGACCAAGACAAAAGAAAAAUGAAACAUUUGAAAAUGCAUUUCCAUGAAGCCAGUUUCUAGGUGGAGGGUAUUCAUUGGGAGGCUAAGAAUAGGGCAGUGGCAAGAGAAUGGCAGAAUUUCUGUUUUAGUAGUUAGUAAAUUCAGUUCUUAGGCUUCAAGAUUAGAAGAGGAGGAGCUGUUGCAUUCACGCGUCAUAUGGUCACUGCCACAAUCGUUACCUUCACUAUAAUACCCAGUUAUUUUUAUUUAACUUAAAAUACUCAUAGGACAUCGAGUUUGGAAUAGCUCCCACAUGUGUUGGUCCCUUUCCGUUUCUCCCCAUCUACCUUCGUCCUUUUACAUUUCGUUGAUUUAUCCGAGUUUCUGCACCUAACACUGACAAUCAUUUUCGUAAUUGUUAAAUCGAGUAAACCUCAGGUACACAAAGCUAUUGAAUAUAACAUAUGUAUGUCAAUGUCGUGCUUUUGGGUAGUACCUGUCAGCCGAGUCUGGUUAGCAGAGAUGAUGGCAAGUAAUGCUUACUUAUUAAUUUGGCAAUAACGACUUAAAUUUGUAUAUCACAAAAUUAAUAAUAGCUAAAAUUUAGCUAACUUUGCCACGGUUAAGUAGACUGAAUAGUUGCUAGGAUACAUAAAUAUUAAUAAGGCUAGAGUGCCAAAUUGUUUUUUGUGGAUAUAAAAUGUAUAUACCAUGUUUAUACAUGUGAAAAUUUCUCCGCGAUGCCUAUUUUUUUAUUAAAAAUAAAUUAAAAAUUUGGCUUGUUUGGCAGGCCUACUUAGAAAGCGUGACAGAAACAAGAAAUUGUUAAGAAUUAAAAACGAGUCGACAUUUUUAUCAUUAACCACUAUAUUCCUAGUUCAAAAUUGUAAAAGGAUAAUGUAAACCUCCUGCUUAUUUUGUUUUAGCAUUUUUCAACUAAAAAAACCAAUAUGUUUUAGUACCUGUUCCUUUUUUUUUAGAAUUAUGUAAUUAAGUUUUUCUCUCUACUUUUUUUCUGAAUUUUUUCCCUAGCCUUGUCGAAGAUGAGACUUAAGUUUGCAGGGGAAACAAAAGAAUUUCCAUUCUUAGUUGUACCAAAAGUUUAUGAAAUGUUUUUUGUUAGAUUAUCGAAAAUAAGGUUUAUUUUCCCUUUUUUGUCUUUUUUUUUAAGUAGUUGCCAGGAAUUUAGCAUGUACUUCUAUAAUGGUAACUUAACAUAUAUUGCUCAAAGUCAAAAAGAUAAAACCAAAAUGUUUUAAGAAUGUAAAAAAAAAUGGCGUUUGAACGUGUCCCUGUAGUGGGACGCGUUCGAUUCACGUGAACAAUAUAACGAGUUGGUGUGUGUAAGUUUAACGAGAGAGUUAACCUUGAGUGCCAAAUGUUAAGUCGUAAAGAGAUCUUCACUGUUGAGAGGCAAGACUUGUCGACAACAUGUAUGGUAGGGAUAUGAACAUAGCAGAUCCUUAGAGACGACAUGUUCUUUCAAACAGCUUCAUUGUGACUUGAUAAACAACACGAAGACACUCAAAGAGAAAAACCCUUUCGUACAAGAGGUUUCUGGAUUAUUAUUAUUAUUAUAAUCAAGGGGGAAGCGCUAAACCCGGAGGAUUAUACAGUGCCUGGGGGGGGAUGUGGAAGGCAUUCAGGCUUAAUUCGGGGAACUAGAGCACAGAUCCAAUUCCCUAAAUCAAGAGCCCCUCACCAACAUCAAGGAACCUUUCUUGAGGGGAGAGGUUUCUGGAGAGAGUUCCGGGGGUCAACGCCCCCGCGGCCCGGUCUGUGACCAGGCCUCCUUAGGUCAGUGUCCCAGGAUGCGACCCACACCAGUCGACUAACACCCAGGUACCCAUUUUACUGAUGGGGAACAUAGACAACAGGUGGAAAGAAACAAGUCCAAUGUUUCUACUCUGGCUGGGAACUCCAGAAUUUUUACCUCUGCAUUAAUGUACAAAUAUGGGGAAACAGAUGAUUUGUAAUAAAUAAACCUUUUGGAGAGGGAGUCUACCUGGUGUUCCAGGGGUCAGUGCCCCCCCCCAGAACAAUGCUUGACCAGGCCAGCUCCAGGAUUUUUACAACCUCAGCAUUUAAAAUUCAAAAUUCAAACAUUUCUAUAUGAUACAAUUUACAUAAAAGGACAAUACUUGGUUAUGCAUUUAAUAAUGGACUAAUAGGGGAAAGUGGAUGAUUAGUAAUAACUGUUGUAGUGAAUAGAGAAGAUUGUAAACAUUACAUACAAUUCUAUACCCAAGGGACUUUGUCCAUAGUUUCCAAAUCUACUUGCCUAGCUUGAUUUUGUUUCUGUAUUUCCAAGGUUAGUUAUAUAGAGGUUCAUUACAUGGAGUUUUCUUUUAUGGAAGGAGGCUCCCUUGUGGGUUUAGUGCUUAGUUUUGACUAAUAAUGAUAAUAUGGAAGGAGGGGCUAGGCUACCUUGGCUGCUCCUUGAUACAGCUGAUGUUUCACCCAUUGUGGACCUUACUAAGACUUGAUAAAUAUUUGUCCUGGUGUUUGUACCAUCGUUAUUAACUUUGUCACUACACGAUAAAACGCUGUUUGGAAUGUUACAUUGUCAAACGAGCUUGCUCCAUAUGGUGUUUGUCGGCCAUGUUUCUUGUUGUUAAUAUGGCAGGCUGUCAUUUUAUACUCUCAAGGGAGGAAAUUGUGCAAGGAUUAAUCUAGGACACCAAAUUUUAGCUUAGAAAAAACCUUCAGUGAAGCUAUUGUGUGAUUUCUAAAAUUUUCAGUGCUUGAAAUUGUUUGUUCCUUUGUACACGCUUGGCAUUGUAUCUUCUGUGGGUAAGACACAUAUGCAACAGUUAGGUAUCUUUAUUUCGAAACGUUUCGCCUACACAGUAGGCUUCUUCAGUUGAGUACAGAAAAGUUGAUAGAAGC